GUUGAAUCCUGGUCUUUACCUCUAUGGGUCAUUCGUCAGAAUACCGAAGAAUUAAAUUAUAACGACGAUUUAGCAAAUCCACAAAGUAACCGAUACAGAGAAUUGGUGGCUGCAUUCGAAAAAGGUAUUGCCGAAAGCUAUGCAAAUACACCGCUCAAGAAUGGUUUCGUUGUUGCUGAAGUAAACGAAAUCACUCGGCCAAGUGAUUUCAUCAAGCAAUGGGAUAAAGGAAUUUUAUACAAUUUCACGGUUAGCUUCGUACGCGGCAGUGUUGCAUCACUUUUCAGCAUUUUUCCCGAUCUUUUGAACUAUAUAACUCAAUGGAAUAAUUUUGAA